AUGAAGAACAAGAGCGGGAACAGGAAGAGGAAAUUCACAUGGGACGAUGAAUUGCCGGAGCACAGCUAUCUUCCGACGGAGUUGUUAACGGAGGUUUUAGCGAGGUUGCCGGUGAAAACCCUUGUCAUAUUCAGGCUUGUCUGUAAACUUUGGUGCUCAAUUAUCGAUUCCUCUGAUUUUAUUUCCAUGCAUCUUAAUGUUUACAACAAAAACAGUAGUCGUCAUCAUCAUGUAUUAGCUUUGUUAGCGUUUCGCAGUCGUUACGAAUUGACCGUUCGUCCAAGUGACUCAUCUAGGAAAACUGGUGACCUUGGUAGAAUUCCUGGGUCAUACCAGAUUGUUGGAAACUGUAAUGGGUUGAUGUUGAUGAAGAAGUACCCUUCCUCUCCAAAAGAAUUAGUAUUGUAUAACCCCUGUAUUAGAAAGUCAUUGAUUCUCCCUACUUGUCCUUUAGAAUAUGCUGUUUAUAUUUUAGGAUUUGCACCUUCUAGUAAUGAGUAUAAGGUAUUUGCCUGUAAAUUUUCCGGCAGGUUUAGCUCUGAAAAUUUAGAGGAGGCGACAAUUGCAGUAUAUUCCUUGAAUGAUCGCCAAUGGAGGGUUAAACCCAAUUGUUGGACGAAUAUUUGGAGUUGGGGUCGAGUAGACUUAACUGAUGGAAAACGACGUGUUUUCUGUGGAGGUGUUUUGUACUGGAUUGGAUGUGCGUCUAAUCAUCUUCAUAUUAUGUGUGUGGACUUUGAGGUUGAAAAAUUCAGCAUUAUGAAAUUGCCAGAGGCUGCCAAAGGAAGUAAUAUUAUUGUCAAGUUUCUUUUCGUCCUUGGUGAGUCGUUAGCAAUUUAUGUUAUGUCCUUAAAAAGUAGCCGUAUAUUUGUUAUGGAAAAGGAUCAUCAACAUAAUGUUGAUCCGUGGAGGCUUUGGUUUCGUGGUGAUCCAGAUUUAAUUAACUCUCCCUUUCUUCUGAGCAAUCGAUUUAUCAAUUUAGGAUACCCGUUUUCAAAGAUUUUGUACGUUGAAGAGACCAAUGCGUUCUUGAUUGUGAUUGAAACAAGUAGAGUGAGAAAGUCGUAUCGACUGAUAUCUUAUAACAUCAAAACUCACCAACAAAAAGAGUUGAUAAAACCGCGCAAUGCUAUGUAUUUAGAUACUUAUGUGGAGAGCUUGGUGUUGCACGCACAAAAGAAUUCAAGGACAGAGUUCGACUUCCUUUCCCUAAUGGAAGAGAGGACUUGA